AUGAUGGGGGAGUUGGAGAUUUCCAUCAUGGCGGCUUCCAUUUCGGGCUACACCUUCAGCGCUGUGUGUUUCCACAGCGCCAACAGCAACGCUGACCACGAAGGAUUUCUGCUGGGAGAGGUAAGACAAGAGGAAACCUUUAGCAUCAGUGACUCACAAAUCAGCAACACAGAAUUUCUGCAAGUAAUCGAAAUCCAUAAUCAUCAGCCUUGUUCAAAACUUUUUAGUUUUUAUGACUAUGCAAGCAAAGUUAACGAAGAGAGUUUGGACAGGAUUCUUAAAGAUCGGAGAAAGAAGGUUAUUGGAUGGUACAGAUUCCGGCGAAACACACAGCAGCAGAUGUCAUACAGAGAGCAGGUGAUCCAUAAGCAGCUCACCCGCAUCCUUGGGGUGCCCGACCUCGUCUUCCUUCUCUUCAGCUUCAUCUCUACCGCCAACAAUUCCACUCAUGCUUUAGAAUAUGUUCUCUUUAGGCCAAAUCGAAGGUAUAAUCAAAGGAUAUCCCUUGCUAUCCCCAAUCUAGGCAAUACUAGCCAGCAAGAGUACAAAGUUUCUUCAGUGCCAAAUACUUCUCAGAGUUACGCCAAAGUUAUCAAAGAGCAUGGUACUGACUUUUUUGACAAGGAUGGAGUCAUGAAAGACAUCAGGGCGAUUUAUCAGGUGUAUAAUGCACUUCAGGAGAAAGUGCAGGCAGUGUGUGCAGAUGUGGAAAAGAGCGAGCGAGUUGUUGCGUCUUGUCAGGCAGAAGUGAACAAAUUGAGAAGACAAAUCACUCAGAGGAAACAUGAAAAGGAGCAAGAAAGAAGACUGCAGCAGGCGAUGAUCAGCAGGCAGGUGCCAUCCGAAAGUUCGGGACCGGCCUUCAGCCCCCGGAUGCCCUACACUGGGCUUGCAGCCGAAGGUAGAAGUACGCUUGGAGACGCAGAGGCCUCCGAUCCUCCUCCCCCUUAUUCUGAUUUUCACCCAAACAAUCAAGAAAGUACUUUGAGCCAUUCUCGCAUGGAAACUAGUGUCUUUAUGCCUCGACCGCAGGCCGUGGGUUCUUCCAGUUACGCUUCCAGCAGUGCCGGACUGCAGUGUCCCGGGAGCGACACAGACCUUCCUCCUUCCCAAAGAGCAGCUGGAGACAGUGUCGAGGAGUCCGAUGACAGCGAUUAUGAAAAUUUGAUUGACCCCACAGAACCCUCUAACAGCGAAUACUCCCAUUCGAGGGAUUCUCGAGCCCUGACACAUCCCGACGGGGGCUCCAGGAACACUCAGACCUCCCAGAUUUAGCUAAACAAGAAACUCUCCACUUAGCAUGGUUUUUCUUCAUUGCUUAUUGAGAGAGGUUUUUGAGGACUUAAUCUGGGGGAGGGGGGAGAACUGCUUUCUCAGAGCCCCGGACACCCAACAGGAGGGUCCCCGGGCACAGAACUAACUGGUAGGAGCCUCACGUCCACCGGUUCCCACCUGCAGUCGCAGUGCGCAGGUUUCGCGACCGAAUCAUUAAGAUAAUCAAAUUGUCCUAAUUCUGGUGCGAUUCAUGGAUGUACUGGUAAAUUUAGGCAGAGUGAAACUUAUCAACAUAGUUUCUGUUCUUUCGAAUAAAUUGGAAAAAUUAGAGACUAAGCACAAUUAGUCUAUAAAUGUUCUAUAAAUCAAAAACUUACCUCUUGCACUAUCAUGCCUUGAAAUUUACUUUUUCAAAGGGAAACGAGUUUAGCAGCAGCCU